AUGGCCCAACGUGUAACAAUCCGCAAGCGCACGCCCUACAACACCACUUCCAACCGCCGACGCAUCGUCAAAACUCCCGGUGGAAAGCUCGUCUACCACCAUCUCAAGAAGCCCGGUACCGCUCCCAAGUGUGGCGACUGUGGAAUUGCGUUGCCUGGUAUCCCUGCCCUCCGUCCACGUAAAUAUGCAACUGUGUCGAAGCGUGUGAAGACCGUUCGUCGUGCUUAUGGCGGUUCGCGAUGCGGUGACUGUGUCAAGUCUCGUAUCAUGCGUGCGUUCCUUGUAGAAGAAGCAAAGAUCGUAAAGAAGGUCAUCAAGCAACAACAGAAACCUGCC